CUUUUUUGCAGCAAUAGGAUUCAAUACACACAAUAAAAGGAUGUAAUCUAGCCGAAACUUAUUGAUUUUCUAUGGAAAAGUUUUUUUCUUGUUGUGAGAUAACUGACAUUUGGGCGGAAUACAGAGAAAAAGUCUGCAUCAAACUGAAUCUGUGAAAUUUGGAUGUUCAAAGAUAGCCGUUCACUCAUAUUUGUCACACUUUGUUAAUUGCGAUUUGUGAAUUUGUGAACGACGUACACCCUCCUGGUAUACCACAAGAACAUUGACGGCUGCUCAAUAAUUAUAUUGAUGCUAAUACCAGAAGCACACAAAUUGUUCCUAAGGUUGAAUUUCAACUAGUGAUCCAAAAUGAGUAAAAGCAGUAUUGAAGAAUAUCUGAAAGAGAGUGUGAAGAGUUAUCAAGCUUGCCAUGUCAAGAACUCUGCUAGGAGAAGUUCACUCCAAAAGAAAACCGAAGGCAUUGAAAUGGCAAGGAAAAAGAUGACCACACAUAUGGAAAGAGAAGAAAAAUUAUUAAGAAGACAAUUAUCUAAUAUGCAGUUGGAUCAAAUCCGACGCGAGAUGACAAGUCCUUUACUGGAAGUAAGAAGAUCUGAAAGUCUUACAAGACAGAGAACAAGAAAAAUAUCCAGUAUUACAUCCAGAGAACUUCAAGGACAAGAAUAUGCUGCAAGAAGAGGAAGAAGAGUUUCCAAAGAAUUUGAAGAUUUAACUAUGAUACCUAGUACGGGAAAGCUUCUCUUAAAGGCUAAAUCAAAAGGUACCAGAGCAUUUUCACCGCUGAUGCAAAAACUUAGUGUCAGUAACUCUUUGACUAGUCUACCUUCUACUGAAGAUUUGGACUUGGUUGAAAACAAAUCCGUAAGACGUCCCCGAAAGUCGGUUCAACAGCAGCAAUAUGAAAAAGCUUUGAAAUCCACGAGGAUUUAG